AUGGGGCAGAGCAAUUCCAGGCCAAAUCCGCCGUCUCCGCCGCCACAGGCUCCAGAAGAGGCUCCGAAAGAACCCACGCAAGACAGCCCCGAAAGUACCAGCGCCGACGUUGUGCCAGAGGCUGCCACUGAGGACGGUGUGCCGGCGUCGAGGUCACGCCGAUCUUCGAUGCGUAAGAGCCUGCUCAACUUCGUGAAGCCGAGCAGCAUACGCAGCAGAGUCACCAGCAUCGCAUCGGCACCUGGGGAUGCCAGACGAUCGUGGCGGAACGCCAGACGGUGGUCCAAGGCGCCUGUUGACCCUAGGCCACCACCACCUGCUGUCGACUCCACACCAUCCUCGUCAUCUGGGCCUUCAGCUGAACCGUCGUGCAAUGUAAAAGGGAAGCAGCCGGAGCGUGAGCCCCCUAUUGAGGACGAAGAAGAGUUCCACGAGGCGGUGGAAGCAUUAGAGGAACCCCCGAUGGCAUUGCCAGAGGUGGUGCUCAGCGAGCCGACUUCGCCCGCCAGCAGUUCGUGGGUCAACGUGCAGGAUCGGGACCAGAGCCCUGAAUUCGCCUCUGUAACGCCCCCAGAACCCGAACCUCAACCUUACGCCCCCAACCACGCCACAACAUCCACACCACCGCCCGAGUUCUCAGAAUCCGACCCCCAGCCCUCAGCCCAGCCACCGACGGCCCCACGGCCGGCAGCAGCGCCGCUUCCUCAUCGCCAGUUUCCACCGCCAGGAACGCUCGUUGUGGUGCAGGGCAUCGUACAUACGACAGAUGUGUCACGAACACCAUCGCCAGCAGCACCGACAGCAGCACCGACAGCAACACCGACACCAGGGCCAGCACCGUCGCAACCCCCAUCGACAGCGAACUCUCGGCCUGCUUCUCAUCUGGACGUGGAGCGGGAUCAGGCGCCGAGUCGAGCGAGGAACAGGCUCUCGGCGCUUCUUCGGCCAAGAUCAGCGUCAUCGCGCCGUUCCUCUGCACUGAUUAACGACGCCUCACCGACGCCUACACCGCCUCCAGAGCCAGAGUUGCCCACGUCGGAAUCGUCGACGUCGUCUUCCUCGGCGGAGUCGGCCCCGACUGAUGUAACUAUACCUUUAAUCAGCGAUUCUGCGGAGGCGAGUUCGUCGCAGCCGCAACCUACGGAGCUUCCAUCGUCCGAGCCACAGCAGCAGCAGCAGCAGAGCCAGCCACAGACCGAAAAUCGUGCUCCUGCUAUUUCGUCGAGCAGCAUUGAUGUAUUGGGCACGUUGCUCAGUGUCGCGGCAGCAGCAACAGCAGCAUCUCUCCUUACUGGAUCUUCUGAACCAAUUCUCUCCUCUGGUCUUGCACCUCCAAGCGGUGCAGGCUCGACACCAUCGUCAGCUUCCACGACAUCACUACCCAAUCCUCAUCGUGGUCAUCCGCAAGCCCCAGACAUAACCGCCAAUGGACGGGCGGAGCGUAUGCGGCAGGCUUGGAGUACGAUAAGGGAAAGGCUGGGACUCAGGCCCUCUCCUCCGGUCCCCACACCUACGAACAAUAACAACGCAUCCGGUACGGACGACACACCUCUGAUGGAGAUCAACACUGAUGGGAAUGCAACACCAGCAGACAACUUGAAUGCCAACGGUCUCGGACAAGGACCGACCGACACUCGAGAGUUGAUGUUGGCGGAGAUGGCGAGGGCGUUCAAUAUUGGGCUCGGGUUGAACGGGUUGGGCGGAAUGACGCCGCCUGCAGGUGCGGCAUCUCAAGGAUCUGCUACUCCAGGUGCCGAAGGUGACAGUGAGGCUGUUGGUGCGGGCGUGGAGCGACCGCCGGCAGAAGGUGAUGCCCCAGAGACACAAGGUAGAGGAGAAGGACAUGGGCAGACCCAACAACCUUCCACAAGCCCGACGCUGCCACCAGAAGGCAGUUUCGAGCGGUUCCUGGUGGAUUUGCAGACCGACCUGAGGGUGGCGCUGACGCAGGUCGAGGACGUGCCAGGUCAACAACCAGUUCAAGAACCACAGGAAGAACAUGUGUCUGCCCAACUCAGUUCCAUGCAGGCACAACCAUCGACCGUUGGAUCUGCGAACGAGGAGGUUGCUGCACCUGCUGCCUCGUCUUCUCCGUCGUUCGGAACGGUGCCUCCUCCUGCCAGCACGUCGGAGCGGAACGAUCGACAUGAUCAUGGAGUGGACACGCGGAGAAGGGACGGUGAUGACGCAUCUGUGAGCUCGAUGCCCUACCUCGAGGAGAUCACGGACUCGGAUUCGGAGAGCGAGUUUGAUGAAGCAGAGGAGUACGACGACGCAGAUGACUUCCACUCUGCUCCAAAUGGAUCGAUACCUCACCUCGGAGGCGCAGCGCAGCAUGAUCAUCGCCCACACGCACAUACCCACACUCAUACCCACGCACAUACCCACACUCAUACCCACGCACAUACCCAGACACACCCAGCGCCAGCUGCGCAUGGCCUAGGAGCAACGGCAGGCACGACAAACCACAUCGAUGCUGCUGGGAGGAUCAACUGGUGGAGGCUGUACCGAUUCCCACCAAUCCUGUCGACGAGAGUGGAGCUGCCCCCUGGACGGAGACAAGGAUCUGGGGUUGGCACGCCGGCUCCUGCAGCUGCAGCGGGCUCGACAGUGGCAGAGUCCGGACCUAAUCCUGAGAGUGCUGUAGCUCCGACGCCGUCCGUUAACCUAGAAGGUUCUUCGGAGCCUGCAGCCGUUAUUGCUGACCCGUUGGCCACGACACCCUCGACUUCGUCAACACAGUCCUCGCUCAGUCCGGAUGUUCCGUCAAUAUCUCCACACUCCACUCCGUCAUCGUCUGCUUCUCCUUCAACAUCAUCACCGUCAACAUCUCCGUUUUCAAACACAAACAACACGACUCCAUCGUCGUCUAAUACCAACUCAAUGCCAACGCUAACCUCCCCACCGCCGUUUACCCUGGACGCCGUUGUUCCUGUCAUCGUUGUUGGAUUACAAUCCGUCAACUCUGAGUGGCCGCCCGACGUGCCUCCGACUCAAGGAACGGAUGAGGGUAUCGAUUUCUUCGGCCAGCCUCCCGCUUCAGGGUCCGAUGCUGGUGUCGACCCCAUCGACGGUGAAGAGAUGGACGAAUCUGAUCCAUGGGGUGUGGGUGAUGCCCAAGCAAUGGGAAUGGGGGCUGGAGCCGAGGGUGCUGGGAGGGCUAAUGGAAGGCCGAGAGGGUGGCAGUCUCGCGCUGCGAACGCCAUUCGGAAUUUGCGUCCUGGUGGCAGGCGGAAUGCGGAGGCGGGUGCUGGUGGUCUGCACAACCCAACGCAGAUGCCGUCGUUGGCCGCUCCUGGUAGUCGGACGUUCUUGAUUUAUGUCAUCGGAGGUUACUAUCCACCCGAUCAUAACAUCGUUACAGGAGGCCCAACUCUAGACUCGUUCGAUGCUCUGAUAGAGCUUGCUGACUUGCUCGGUCACGUCAAACCACCCACCGUCUCGAAAGAUGAGAUCGAGAAAUCAGGAUUGGAGACGAUCAAAGCCUCGCAAGUUGCCCAGUACGAGAAGGAUGGCAAGAUCUCGUCCAACUGCACCGACCGAUGCCUCAUCUGUCUCGACGACUACGAUCCGGAAGACAAUGUCCGCGUGAUGACAUGCCGGCAUGCGUUCCACAAAAACUGCGUCGAUGAGUGGCUGCAACGGGGUAGGAACAACUGUCCAGCCUGUCGGACGACGGGCGUUUCGACUGAUACCCCCACUCCCUCUGUCCCGACUUCAUGA